AUGAAGAAGAGCGUCCUCUGGCUUCCAAGAGACACCUCCGAAGAUGAGGAUGGCGUCUCCGACCGGACCAAUGCUGGUCCGCCGCCAUCAUGGGACGGCAACACUAGCUUUAAGGACUACUGGAUCUGUGCCAAGUUGUGGAUGGUCACUACCAAGACAAAACCUCGAGCUCGAGGCCCGCUCAAGAAUCUCAGUGGCAUCCCCUUCGACUCCAUGAAGUACCUUGCUCGCGAUGAUGCUUGGCUCAAGGACGAGCACAACGGCGAGAAGCUCCUGAAGGUGAUGGAUACCAAGGAGUUGUUUGGUGAAGAUGACCGUGAAAACAUGUUGGCUUCCCUGGUAAAGAUCACCUAUGGUCUGCGUCGGGCCAAGAAUGAAGACUAUCAGUCCUUUUUCACGAAGUGGGACAAUGCUGUCCGCAAGUUGGAUGAGCAUCAGAUCGUGUUGCCGCCUGGGAAGCUUGGUAGCAAAUCGGUGAAAGAAUGGGUUCGGGUUCACGAGACCAACCUGGACCUGACGAAAACGACUUCUUCGACUACGGCGUCCUCGACCGACAAGCGCGCCAGCAUGAUCCUUCUCGCCGAGGAUGAGAUUGAGCACGGCAACGACUACCCGGACGACGAUGGUGACUUGGAGAUCCUGCUGAACGCCAUGACCUCUCUGGACUCCGACGAUGGCACGAUCAGCGAGGACAGCAACCAAGUGUUCGAUGAAGACGAGGUCAAGGAAGUCUUGGCCGCGAUGCCAAACGUUCCAAAGAACUGGCCAGAGGCUAUGGGGCAGGACGUCUUGCUGGUCACCGCUUCCAAAAUGAUCGAGAUCAAGGAGAAUCAUCUUCUCGAGAACCAGGAAGCCUUCUUCUUGAAUUAUCUCGAGUACAAGCGUAGCCAGGCCACAGCCCCUUGA